AUGCCGCUCCAAGACCAAAGCCGUUUGCCUCUCUUCACGUCGGUGCAUCGACCCGAAGAGCCACAUAUCGACACCGUUCAAAGUAGUGUCCUGGACCCCGAGGAAGUGGCUGUCCUACGCGCGUCUAAGAUGCGCAACUCCACCGUUCAAGUCUUUCAUUCCUACAAAUCAAACCACAUCCCCACUGAGCCAGAACUACUGAUGUGGGAAUGUGUAGGAUGUAAAUUCAACCCUAACGGUCAAGGCCGUGAGCGAUGGCGUUUGGACUCCCAACACCGGGCGCAAAUGGCGAAAGCUUUGUCCGCACUUCCCGAGGAAUAUCGGAGAAGAACCAAGGAGUUGUCGACACGAAAGAAAGAGCAGGUAUCCAUUAUUCACGACGCAGUCGCGCAGUGGCAGUACGACAACCCGGAAGAGACGCGAGAUCAUUUUCCGAAUGAUACGCUUUAUCCGUGGGCCAGGGGAAAGAGGCACACCGGUACUGUUUACCUGCUACUUGACGCAUGGGCCAAGGAUGCUCUGACAGUGCAACAGCGUCUAAAGCUCAAAGAGACGCCUAUCGUGGAGCGAGCUGUCACUAUUAAGAACAUCUUGAUGGAUCCGGACGAGGUAAUCGAGGCUGGGAAAAGCUAUGAUGUCUUCCGCCUCCCUUUCCAGGUAGUCGUCCUUUUGCAUGAUGACGACAUCAGUUAUCGCCCAACACCAGCCCUGAUCGAUGGAGUUUUCCAUCUUGCUUGGUGUCCUCUGGAACCUGGUCAUCUUGUCCGUUCGCUGGACGCCAGACAGGACAUGACCCGAGAAUGAUUGGUUAGGAGACUGGGCUGGAGGAGAAGGCCUUGCGGACCUUACCGCUCUUGGGACGUCUGGGGUGACUGGAGAUGUGAGGCUGAACAAACAAUAGCGAAUAUAUCUCUCAAUUUGAGCAGAGUAGGUGUCGCUAAGGCAAGUGUAGCAAUGGUCAUUGUUCGACUCCUGCGGAGACCACUUGCGCUCGUUAUGCUUUGAGAGCACGUUGCUGUCUUCUCACUCUUGCACUCUCGCUUUCUUGUUCUCUCACUUCAUACUUUACGAAGG